AACACAUAAAAGAGAAAAAAAAAAAAAGAGAGAGAGAGAGAUUAGAUGGUAAUAAUGGUGGUGGUGGGUUUGCUAAUUGCAAUGUUAUUGCUGAUGGUUAGCAAAUAGAGUCGCUUCUAAGACAAGACAAAUUGAUUGAAAGAAGCUAAAGAGGAGGUCAGGUCAAGAUUUUUCAUUUGCUCAACUUUUAUUUUUACAGAAAGACAAAUUCAUUAACCCUUUGUUGAGUUCCUGGCUUCACAUUCUGUAGCUGGCCUGCUGCAAUGGCUGCAGCCUUCUGGUUGCUCAUCUUUCUGGCUUUGUUUAGUGCAGAAUUUCAUCUCAUCUUCUCUUUUACAGACCCUCGUGAUGCUGCAGCUCUCCAGUCGCUGAAAGAUUCCUGGCAAAAUACUCCACCGAGCUGGGACAGUGGAGAUCCAUGUGGAACACGCUGGGAAGGAAUUACAUGCAAGGAUUCGAGGGUAACUGCAUUGGGUUUAUCAACCAUGGGCCUCAAAGGGAAGCUAAGUGGUGAUAUUGGGGGCCUGACUGAGUUGAUAUCCUUGGACUUGUCAUUCAACCCUGAGCUCACAGGAUCUCUAACUCCACGAUUAGGAGAUCUGCGAAAUUUGAACAUCCUAAUCCUUGCUGGCUGUGGUUUCACCGGUAGAAUUCCAGAUGAGCUAGGCAAUCUUGCAGAAUUAUCCUUCUUGGCUCUCAACACAAACAACUUGACAGGCAACAUCCCCCCCUCUUUGGGAAAACUCUCCAAUGUCUAUUGGCUAGACUUGGCAGAGAAUCAAUUGACAGGACCUAUCCCAAUUUCAACACCCACCACCCCAGGCUUGGACCUCCUUCUAAAGGCUAAGCACUUUCAUUUCAACAAGAACCAGCUUUCAGGUCCCAUUCCCUCUAAACUUUUCAGGCCUGAAAUGGUACUAAUACACGUAUUAUUUGAUGGAAAUCAACUUGCUGGAACUAUCCCGGAUUCUUUAAUGACAGUUCAGACCCUUGAGGUUCUCCGACUUGAUAGAAACGCUUUAACAGGAGAAGUCCCCACAAAUUUAAACAAUCUUACAAACGUCGUCGAAUUGAAUUUAGCACACAACAAGCUGACAGGCCCUUUACCAGACUUAACUGGAAUGACUAGCCUUAAUUAUGUGGACCUCAGCAACAACUCUUUUGUCCCAUCAGAAGCUCCAGAAUGGUUCUCAAGCUUACCGUUGCUGACCACUUUGGUUAUAGAGCACGCAUCUCUUCACGGGCAUUUACCAUCAAAAAUCUUCAGUUACCAGCAGAUAGAGCUAGUGUUAUUGAAAGACAAUGCAUUCAGUGGCCAACUGGAUCUGGGUGAAACCGUUGGUCCUCAGCUUCAACUUGUUGAUCUGCAGAACAAUAACAUUUCCUCUGUAACACUAACUGCUCAGUACACAAGCACAUUAAUACUUGUAGGAAAUCCUGUGUGCUCUGCGCUCUCAAAUACUAAUUACUGCCAACUCCAGCAGCAGACAGCUAAGGCUUAUUCCACUAGCCUGGCUAAAUGUGGAAAUCCACAGUGUCCUGCUGGACAGAAGCUCAGCCCUCAGAGAUGUGAAUGUGCAUAUCCUUAUGAAGGAACAUUAUACUUCAGAGCACCUUCCUUCAAGGACUCAUCCGAUGUGACUAGGUUUCAAUCACUAGAGAUGAGCCUCUGGGUGAAACUGGGCUUGACUCCUGGUUCAGUUUUUCUUCAGGGCCCAUUUUUCAAUGUUGAUGACUAUCUUCAGGUUCAGCUUGCACUAUUCCCCCCGGCUGGAAAAUAUUUUAACAGGACUGAAGUUAUCAGGAUUGGGUUUGAUCUGAGCAAUCAAACCUACAAGCCUCCCAAAGAUUUUGGACCCUAUCUUUUUAUUGCAACUCCUUACCCUUUCCCAGAUGAAGACAAAGGAACUUCUCUCAGCUCUAGUGCAGUUGCUGGGAUAGCAGUUGGCUGUUCUGUUCUAGUUCUAGGCCUUGUUGGAGUUGGGAUAUAUGCGGUUCGGCAAAAGAAACGUGCAGAAAAGGCUCUUGGAUUGAGCAGACCGUUUGCAUCUUGGGCUCCAAGUGGAAAAGAUAGUGGAGGUGCACCACAAUUGAAGGGAGCAAGAUGGUUCUCUUAUGAUGAACUUAAGAAGUGCACUAACAACUUCUCUGAAAAUAAUGAGAUAGGUUCUGGAGGAUAUGGAAAGGUUUAUAGAGGAAUGCUUUCUGAAGGACAAGUAGUGGCAAUCAAAAGAGCUCAGCAAGGAUCAAUGCAAGGGGGGUUGGAGUUCAAGACUGAAAUUGAAUUGCUGUCAAGAGUACAUCACAAGAAUCUUGUUGGCCUUGUGGGUUUUUGCUUUGAACAAGGAGAACAGAUGCUGGUGUAUGAAUUUAUGGCCAAUGGAACUCUCAGGGAAAGCCUGUCAGGGAAAUCUGGCAUUCAUCUUGAUUGGAAGAGGAGACUACGCAUAGGUCUUGGCUCAGCUAGAGGGCUAACUUAUCUUCAUGAGCUUGCAGAUCCUCCUAUAAUCCACAGAGAUGUUAAGUCAAGCAACAUUCUGCUGGAUGAAAAUUUAACUGCAAAGGUUGCAGAUUUUGGCUUGUCAAAGCUUGUAUCAGACAGCACAAAAGGGCAUGUUUCAACUCAAGUCAAGGGCACCCUGGGCUACUUGGAUCCUGAAUAUUACAUGACUCAGCAAUUAACAGAAAAGAGUGAUGUCUAUAGCUUUGGUGUGGUAAUGCUUGAGCUGGUGACUGCCAAGCAACCGAUUGAAAAAGGAAAAUACAUUGUUCGAGAAGUACGAACAGCGAUGGACAAGAAUGAUGAAGAACAUUGUGGAUUGAAGGAAAUAAUGGAUCCAACUAUUAGAAACUCUGGAAAUCUUGUUGGGUUUGAGAGAUUCCUGGAAUUGGCUAUGCAAUGUGUGGAAGAAUCGGCUGCAGAACGUCCAACAAUGAGUGAAGUAGUGAAGGCAAUAGAGACCAUCCUACAAAAUGAUGGAAUGAACACAAACUCAACCUCAGCUUCCUCAUCUGCAACUGAUUUUGGAGCUUCAAGAGCUGCUCCUAGACAUCCUUACAAUGAUGUUCCUAAGAAGGAUGUUAAUGACACCCAUGCCUUUGAUUACAGUGGAGGUUACUCUCUCCCAGCAAAAGUAGAGCCAAAGUAAAAAAACACCUUCUGCUUUGCCAUUGAGAAUAUACAUGUUCUAAUACAAAACUGUUUGCCAUUGUUAUUAGACCUUUUUCAUUAGAAUUUUUGUCAGGUUCUCUAAUUAAAAAUUGUUUUGAUCAAUGGUAUUUUAGGGGAAAUUAUUAUGCUAUAUAAUAGCUUUUAGGGUUUAUUUUUCUUUGAUUUUUUUAUUGUUGUAGUUAUAGUAAUGAGUGUGAGGUUUUGUAUUGUAAGUACAACUCUGAAUAUGCGAGAGAGACUCUAAUGGGAAUAUGUUGGAGAGUUUGAUGAUUAUCAUUUUAUAAAAACUGAAAUUCAGACUUUGAACUGUAA